UUAGUAUUUAAAUUUUAUCAACAUGAAGUGGUUGCAUGAUUUAAGAAUAUUGUAAUGUAAAUUCUGAAUUAUUGUAAAAGUGUACGAAGUUGCAGAGCUGAUUUUAUAUACAUAAGGUGAAAAUGUCGUCCCCGUCCAAGAGUCGAUACAAGAAGCAGUCUCAGAUACGACGAAUCAUCAACAAGAGGAUACCGGUGACAAGAUGGCUGCCGGAGUACAACUCGGAGAAGGCGGUGGCGGACCUCAUAGCUGGUGUGACGGUGGGCCUGACGGUCAUCCCUCAGGCGCUGGCGUAUGCGACCUUGGCUGGAUUGCCACCACAGUACGGUCUCUACUCAUCAUUCAUGGGGUGCUUCGUGUACAUAAUAUUCGGCUCAUGCAAGGAUAUAACGCUGGGGCCCACGGCGCUGCUAUCUCUUAUGACGUACGAGCAAAUACAAGGGCGGAAUACUGACUACGCAAUCCUCCUGUGCUUGCUCAGCGGUGUGGUUCAGAUGCUAAUGGGAAUAUUGCAUUUGGGCGUGCUGAUCGACUUCAUAUCUGUACCUGUGACCGUGGGCUUUACGUCCGCGACUUCAGUCAUCAUCGCCGUGUCGCAGCUGAAGGGACUGCUGGGACUGCAGUUCAAGUCCAGAGGCUUCUUGGAUACCUUUAAGAAGGUGAUAAUGCACAUCCCCGAGGCGAAAACAGCUGAUAGCGUAAUGGGAAUACUGUGUAUCAUCAUCCUGCUCUUGAUGAGGAAAAUGAAAGACAUAAAGCUGCCGCCGGGUCAGAAGGGCGUGAAGAAAACGCUCUGGCUACUCUCCACCUCGCGUAAUGCGAUCAUAGUGGUCGUGUGCUCUGUCAUCGCCUUCGUGUGCGAGUCCCGUGAGAUGUCGCUGUUCAACCUGACGGGCACUGUCAAAGAAGGUCUCCCACCAUGGUCCUUACCCCCGUUUGGUACAUCAUACGAUGGUAGAAACGUCACCUUCGUAGAGAUGUGCUCAGACCUGGGGUCUUCCAUAGUACUUGUGCCUAUCAUAGCAGUACUAGGCAACGUGGCUAUAGCUAAAGCGUUUGCGAGCGGCGAGUCAGUUGACGCGACACAGGAGCUAAUAACCCUAUCUCUGGCCAACGUGCUGGGAUCAUUCGUGAACGCGAUGCCGAUAACUGGGUCCUUCUCUCGCAGCGCUGUCGCUCACGCCAGCGGAGUAGCCACGCAGCUCGGCAGUUUGUAUACUGGUAUCCUAGUUUUGCUCGCGCUCAGUCUCCUAACGCCGUACUUCUACUACAUUCCGAAGGCGUCACUAGCGGCCGUCGUCAUAUGCGCUGUGAUAUUCAUGAUUGAGUAUGAGGUGGUCAAACCGAUGUGGCGGUCACGUCGCGCCGAUCUGCUCCCAGCGUUCGCAACGUUCGCGCUCUGUCUCAUAGUGGGCGUGGAACUCGGCAUAGUGGCCGGCGUGUUCGUGAACGUGGUGCUGCUACUGUACCCCAGCGCGAGGCCGCAGCUCGAGGCGGAGAUCGUCACGAGCGCAUCAGGCUUCAGCUACGUCCUAAUCACGGUCGGCAACAGCCUCUACUUCCCCGGUGUGGAGUACAUACGUCAGUACGUGACGCGCGCCGCCAACAAGCAGGGCUCGUGUAGCAUGCCCGUUGUUAUUGACUGUCGAUAUGUACUGGGAGCGGACUUCACCGCGGCUAAAGGUCUGUGCGCACUAUCUAACUCGCUGCGGUCGCGCGGACAGCCGCUAGUGUUACUCGCGCCGCGCGACUCAGUAGCUGCUGUGUUUAGCGGCGCGGCGACCAGCGUCGUGGUUGUGGCCGCUGCGGCUGACCUUGACCGCGCUCUGCAGGGACUCACCGGCGAAAUACCUUUGCCGGAGAUAACCACACAGGUGACCCCACCGCCAUCUUACAAUUCCCUCCAAGUCGAUGACGUCAUAGAAGUGGUGACAGAGAACACAACGCCUCUACUAAAUAGCACGGAAUUGAAGAGGGAGGUCACGUGAUAUUAUAGUUAUUGUUAGUAUUGAUUUUAAUGGUUCCUAAAAUAGUAUGUUAGAUAAAGUCCGGUCGCGAAGCGUGUAGAAAAUUUUACUUGGCCUUUUCUGCUAGUCUCCUUCGAGAAGUAUAGGCCAGGCCACAACACUGCGUUGCGGCGU